GACAAUAUGGCGACGACACCAAGCAACAUUCAAAAGACUGAUUAAAUCGCCGGAUUCUUCAAAUGAUGUCUGUCGAGAAUUUCAGAACAAUCAAAUAGGCCUAAUAAGCAGCUUAUACAUAUCGCACGGUCAAUUCGAAGUCCUCUGGAUGUGUCUUUCUUUCGGUCUAUUUCACAUCUGGAGCACCGAGAAUGUUGGAGGAGAUCCACCAAAGAGUAUAAGGUCUACCUACGACGACUUCCGGUUCUUCCUGCAAAAAGCCACCCAAGUGGCGCUGACGUCGACUUUAUCGUAUAACGAAAAACGUAAUCAGCCUGAUAACAACCUAACCACCAAUCAGCUGAGUGCAAGAGCAAAUAGGAAGGAAGUAGUACCCAAUGAUAACGAGUCGUUCAUUCAGAGCCUAGCGCCAAACGUGCCCUACGAGUUCUGGAUGCGUGAAAAGUCUAAAAUUUCCAGCGGCAAAUUCAAACACACAUGCGCUUACUAUCCAAGUGUUUUAGAUCUUCAGUUCAACAACAAUUUCUGGCAAAUUCUCCGGUCGUCGAACGGAACGUUUUUCUUGUACGGAGCUUAUCACGAUAACCGCACGGCCGUCCAGAAACCGACCAUUCGAAUUCUCGGGAUGAUCGACCGGAUCGAGCCGAAAGUGAAGACCCAUUGUUUGCUGUGGUACGACGCUGCUAGAGAUCCGCUGCUCACGCCAAUCGUCGAGUACAAAUACAUCUGGAACAAAAUAUGGGGAAAUUACAAACACGGAAUCCUUCAGCCCUACCUGAUGGCCUGUCAUUUACCUAAUCCGGCAGAUCUCAUCGCCAAAAAUUUCAAAAUUGAUCAAAUUCCAGUCUCGGUUUCAUUGACGGAAAAAGGAUGCGAGCCGCCAACCAACAAUUUGCUCAUCAACAAUCAAGUGCCGGCCGAAAAGAAACGAUUCGCCGUCUGCGUCAAAGGCCUCGACUUUCUCCAGGUGGACUUGAGUGUCCGGCUGGUCGAGUGGAUCGAAUUGCUGGGAUUACUCGGAGCCGACAAAGUUUUCUUCUACGAACUGGAAGUCCAUCCGAACAUCUCCAGAGUCUUGAAAUAUUACCAGGAGAUGGGGCGAGUUGAUUUGACGCCCAUUUCGCUUCCGGGUGACCAGCCCAAUCUACCCGGAUUGCGUCACUUGUAUCUCAAAUCGAAAAUUAUCAACAAGCGACAGAACGAGGUGAUCCCCUACAACGACUGUCUCUACCGCAAUCUCUACAGCUACGACUACAUCGCUCUGCUGGACACGGACGAAGUGAUUAUGCCCCGGGAAGUGUCGACAUGGAACGAGCUGAUGGAUAAAGUCUUGGCCAAAGCUCCCGCCGGCCAACCCUUUGCGUCGUACAACUUCCGCAACGUUUACUUUUGGGACGACGCCGAGCAUUCGCGCAGUUUGGUGGCCAGCAUUCCUCGUCACAUGCACAUGCUGCAGCACGUUUACCGCAGUGUCAACUACACCAAGAGCGGCCAAUACGUCAAGUGUUUUCACGAUGUUCAAAAGAUCCUUCUCCUCCACAAUCACUACCCACUGGCGUGCUCAAAAGGCAAAUGCACGUCGUACGCGGUCGACCCGCAAACGGCCCAUUUGCAACAUUAUCGAAGCGAUUGCCAGUUGAAGAAAACGAACUGCCAGGUAGAAUACAAGCAACACCUGGUCAAAGAUACCACCAUCUGGCGCUAUAAUCAAGAUCUGAUUCCUCGAGUCAAUGCAGUGCUUAGAAAUCUCGAUUUACUUUAAUUCAUUUGUUUAACUUUUGCGCUCGAUUACAAUUGCUCAUUGAUUGCUUGUCAUUAGUGGUUUAUAUUUGAUUUCAUUUGGAAACUCUUGCGCUUUUAUUAUACUAAACUAUACAAGUUUAUAGAACCGCGUUUGAAAUAACUGUAAAUCAGGAAAGAUUAGGAAGCGUAUAAAACAAUUGAAAGAGAAAUCAAAUAUUUUAAACUAAUAAAAAAUGCGAAAUGGAAAGAGCGUGGGUAAAAUGACAGCGGAGACAUUCAGCACCAUAUUUCUCACGUGCUUAUAUUACUGGCAGCACUAAGUAUAUGUGAUAAAAGAGCGGCAAUAAAUUUUAUUGCAUCAAUA